UCUCCCUCUCCACAGAUGGAAGAUAACAUUCUGGAUCAGAGUACUCCUAUGCGUGUGUUGGUUACCGGGGGGACCGGUUUGGUGGGUAGGGCCAUACAGCAUGUGGUCCGGGAAGAGCGAGGGAUCCGGGAGGGUGAGGAGUGGAUCUUCCUCUCUUCUACGGACGCAAACCUCAUGGACGCGGGUGAGACACGGGAGGUGUUUCAGAAACACCAGCCAACACAUGUCAUUCACUUGGCAGCCAUGGUUGGAGGACUCUUCAAAAACAUGAGAGCCAACCUGGACUUCUGGAGGAACAACAUUUACAUCAAUGACAACGUUCUUCAGGCUGCUCACGAGGUGGAUGCUGUCCAGGUGGUCUCAUGUCUGUCCACCUGCAUCUUCCCUGACAAGACCACCUACCCCAUUGAUGAGACCAUGAUCCACAAUGGCCCUCCUCACAAAUCUAACUUUGGCUACUCCUACGCCAAGAGAAUGCUCAAUGUUUACAACAGUGCGUAUCACGACCAAGAGCGUGGGCGUUUCUACACGGCAGUGAUACCAACCAAUGUGUUUGGUCCUCAUGAUAAUUUCAACAUCAAGGACGGGCAUGUUCUACCAGGACUCAUACACAAAGCCUACAUCGCUCAGAAGGAGGGCAGUCCAUUAGUGGUGUGGGGCUCAGGAACUCCCAGAAGGCAGUUCAUCUACUCGUUGGACCUGGCUCGCCUCUUCCUCUGGGUGCUGACAGAGUACAAAGAAGUGGAACCCAUUAUCCUGUCUGUCGGUGAGGAAGAAGAGGUGUCCAUCAAGGAGGCAGCAGAGGCUGUUGUCGAGGUGAUGAGGUUCAAGGGUCAAGUGACUUAUGACACAGCUAAAGCAGAUGGACAGUUCAAGAAGACAGCCAGUAACGCCAAGCUUCGCCAGUACUGUCCCAACUUCACCUUCACCCCCUUCAAACAAGCCCUGAAGGAGACUUGUGAUUGGUUUGUGGCCAACUACGACUCCGCCCGCAAGUAAAGAUUCCUCCAAUUGGAUUGAACGCCAGUCCUAGCAAGUCAGCCGGAGCUAGAGGUGAAGGCGUGAUUGUUGUUCAGGUUGGGAGGCCUCCAUAUAUGUUGACAGAUAUCUGCCAUUAAAUUGUCUAAAUCCUUCCCCCAAACCAACUCCUUCUAAUUUUCUAAAUCAUCGACAAUGGUUGUUUGCUUGAAUCUAAAGUUUUCUUAAGGGUUUCAUCCUCUGACACUUGAAUUGGCUAUUGCAUUA